AUGCUGAACACGGACGAGUACAAUGCCUUGAGUCUGGCGCAACCAACAAACUUCAAGGGAAUGCUUCAGUCAGGACAGUUUCUUUGGGGCACGGGCUGCAGGAUUGCGCACCCAGAAGCAGCAAAGAUUGUUGCCACGACACCAUACCACUUCUGCUUUCUCGAUGCUGAGCACACUGCGUUCAACGUAACGCUCCUGAUGGAGAUGAUCAGGACCAUCCAGUAUUACUCGCAAGGCUCUAUGGUACCCUUUGUCCGCAUACCCAGCUACACACCGGAGCUUAUCCCCUUUGCUCUCAACGCAGGAGCUGGCGGGAUUGUUAUGCCGCGUGUGCAGGACGCCAAACAAGCAGAGGAGCUGGUUCGUCUAGCCCGGUUCCCGCCAUUUGGUGAAAGAGGCUUUCCCCCGGCUGCUCUCAUAGGCCCCAGCCAGAACCGUACACCAAGUGGUAUGAGCACGUACGAUGUGUGGAACGAGCAUGCUGCGAUCGUCUGUCAGAUCGAGGAUCUGGUUGGUCUGGAAAACAUUGAGGAGAUCUGUAGUGUUCCUGGUGUGGACGGAGUCUUCGUAGGCACCGGAGAUCUCAGACUCUGCAUGGAUCUUGCACCGGGGUCGCUUGAUGGUGAGGAGCCUGUAUUCGUUGCUGCGUUGGAGAGGAUUCGUGAUGUCGCCAAGCGUCACACGCUCCCUAUCAUGGGGUUCGGUCUUUCGCCGAGGAUACUGCAGCAACGGAUCGACAUGGGCUGGAGUGCUUUCAUCGUACAUGGCGAUGUUGAUGCAAUCUGUAGCACUGCGAUCCAGUCUUUGGAGCUGUUUAGUCAAGCAGCAACUGCCGCCAAAGGUCAUGGACAAGGGUCAAAUGGUACAGUCACGGAAGAGAAGCUGCAAUAG